AUGGAUAUUCCAUGGGAGCUGUUUUGGACUGCUUUCUACAAGAAGUAUUUUCCUGAGUCGGUAAGGGAGGCCAGAGAGUUAGAGUUUAUGCAGCUGAAACAAGGUUCAAUGCCUGUGGCCGAGUAUACGAGUAAGUUUGAAGAGCUUUGUAGGUUCUCAAGGAUAUGUCAAGGAGCCCCUGAGUCCUAUGAGGGUUGGAAGUGUGAAAAUUACCAAGUAGGGCUGAGGGAAGAUAUCAUGCGCGUUGUGGCUCCAAUUGAGAUUAAAAGAUUCUCAGAAUUGGUGAACGAGGUAAGAUUCGUGGAGGACUACAUUAAGAAGAUGACUUUGACGAGAGAUAAUCACAGGGUUACCAGUAGCAGAGGUCGUGGAAAGCAUUUUCCACCAAGAGGCCGGAUCCUAAAAAGGGAUGGACGUGCCACUCAGCAUCGUCAAGGUCAACGAAACUUCAGAAGAAACAACAAGGCCCAGCUUCACCUGGAAAAAGGAGAUGUUCGAUGCUAUACUUGUGGGAAGCCUGGACAUAUAUCCAAGUAUUGUCACCACGGAAGGAAUCGAGAUGAGGGUCAGAAUCAACAGUCAGGCCGUGUAUUUACCUUGUGUGCACGUAGUACGACAGGGUCAGAUUCUCUGACGAGAGUUAAAGCGGCGGUUCCAAUUCCACCAACUCCUCAGGUUUCAGCACUUAAUAAGGGUUUAAAGGACCUUCAAGUAGCUUCAUCACAACCUAACAUCAAAGCAGUGUUCCUUACUCUCCACAGAAAAUCGAAGGCCUCCAUUUGGUGA